CUCCACCCCGCUCGCAGUGGCCAGUCUGGGCGGAGGUGCUCGCGCGAGGAGAGUGUGCUCUCGGCGUUUGACAUGGCGGCAGCCGCGGCGACUGCAGCGACGAAAGGGAAUGGGGGCGGCGGGGCCCGGGCCGGGGCCGGCGAAGCCAGCGGCUCGCGAAAGAAAAAGAGCCCGGGGCCUCUGGCCACGGCCUACCUGGUCAUCUACAAUGUGGUGAUGACCGCGGGGUGGCUCGUUAUAGCUGUUGGUCUGGUCAGAGCAUACCUGGCUAAGGGUAGCUAUCAUAGCCUUUAUUAUUCCAUUGAAAAGCCUUUGAAAUUCUUCCAGACUGGAGCCUUAUUGGAGAUUUUACAUUGUGCAAUAGGAAUUGUUCCAUCUUCUGUUGUCCUGACUUCUUUCCAGGUGAUGUCAAGAGUUUUUUUAAUAUGGGCAGUAACACAUAGCGUCAAAGAGGUACAGAGUGAAGACAGUGUCCUCCUGUUUGUUAUUGCCUGGACGAUCACAGAAAUUAUCCGUUACUCCUUUUAUACAUUCAGUCUAUUAAACCAUCUGCCUUACCUCAUCAAAUGGGCCAGGUACACGCUUUUCAUUGUGCUGUACCCAAUGGGAGUGUCAGGAGAAUUGCUCACAAUAUAUGCCGCUUUGCCCUUUGUCAGACAGUCUGGCCUGUACUCCAUCAGUUUACCUAACAAAUACAAUUUCUCUUUUGACUAUUACGCAUUCCUAAUUCUGAUAAUGAUCUCCUACAUUCCAAUUUUUCCCCAGUUAUACUUCCACAUGAUACACCAGAGAAGAAAGGUCCUUUCUCAUGCUGAAGAACACAAGAAAUUUGAAUAAUUCCUGCUUCCUGCACACCCCCAGAAACAAACUUUCCAAUGACAAAAGAUGCUGCAGACUUUUUCUGUUCCCAGUACGUUUCAUAGAAAAUAAGUAAGAACUUUUUUUAAAAUACUAAAAAAAACCAAAACAAAACAAAAACCAAAAUCCAGUGUCACAUGGGCCUGGGAUUUUAUAAAAAACAAAACAAAAGCUGUUACGUAAAACAUCCUUGCUGGUCCAUUUCAGCAUGUUCUUUCAACCAGAAGUUCCCAAUAUUUAUGAUGGCACUGGAAAGGGAUUUGGCAUUUUUUAUCCCCCUGUUUCCUUCAUGUGUCUGAUAAAUAACGAUCUGCAAUACUAAAUACUUGAGCGUUACAGUCUGAGUAAUGAAGUUGUGCCCACUCAAUGCCCAGCUUGCAGCAGUUAUGUUUCAGUCUGCAGUGUGUUUAGCAUUCCCUCUCAAAGUGCUUGACUGCAUGCUGGAAGCCAUUUGUUCUCUGGAAUGCUCUGAAGUUAUGGCUGGGACCUUCCCCUCUAUCUAGUGAAUGAAUUAUACAAUGUAUAUAUGUCUGUGAAACUUUGGAAUAGUGCCUGUAAUCAGAAAACAGCUAGAACCCUUUUGUUUGUUUUCAAUCGAGUCAUUACUGCCUGCCAGUACGAAAUGUGCUUGAAUUUAAUAAGUAUGUGUAUAUUGUAGAGAAGCUACUUUAUCUGGGGCUCAGCCUCAAUCAUAUUUUAACAAAAUGACAGUUCUCAGAAAGGGAAAGCUCAGUCACUAGUCAGUGACAAGUACCUUUCACAGUACCAUUCUCAGAACACCCCUGAGUAAGGUGUUUGCCAAGAGCGAUUCUUACUUAGGGACCUGACGCCAGUCUAGUCGCACAGGAGUAAAGAAGCCAUUAACGAAAGCACAUGGAAGGCGUUACUCUAAAAAUGGAGUCUGGAAGAACAGUCAGGAAUGGGUUUAUAUGCCCUUAUUAUUUGACUUUUACAUUUUCAUUCAUCUCUUCUGUUUGGAUACUUUUCCUAAUUAUGGUCCUAUGUAAUUCCCACCAAGUUUUAAGUCCAGAGGCAGUGAAAUGUUCCAGUUGGGCAGUCAUGAGCUAAAAGUAGUAUUGUUCCCACAUUUUGGAUCAGCCAAGAAAUACUUUGGACAUAUGGACAUUGUCUAAUUAACGUCAUGUCACCAUACUUUAAUUGCUAAACUGUGCAUUUAAGGCUCUUCAAGAAAGGGUUGGAUAAAAAUGUAAAGCCCAAGUUUAGACGUGCAUUAGAUUUUAAACACAGAAUGUUCUUUGUGCAAACUUCCCCCCCCCCUUUUUUUUAAUUGGUUGAUCUGUAAAAGUCUAGCUUACUGACUGAUUAUCAAUUAAAAUAUAAUUGCUAAUAUUAGAAGUGUCAUCAUAAUGGAAAACUAAUUUUUAAAUGCUUAUUUUCAUAGAAGCUUGAAAAUUAAGAUGAAAAUGAGAAGAAAAUAUGCAGCCUAAAAUUUAAUGCAAGUAGAUGUGUAAUAAAUUAUUUUUGAAUUAAACAUUAAAAUUCUGCUUCUUAAAGUUAGCACUCCUGGGCGUGUUGAGAUUAGAAUCUAUUCUUGUAUUUGAUAAACAAAAUAUGUGGGAAAGAUUAUUUUUCAUGCUUUUUCUCUUUUUAUUUUUACAAAAUGUAUUUCUACUAUAAAAUGAAUCAAUUUGGGUUAUAUUAGCCUUAUUAUUAAUUUGAGUAAGAUUUUUUCAUUUGUUUUUGGAAUAGUUGUAGAAGAUGGGAUGAGAAAUGCAGGUUUUCCAGGAUUGCUGGCUUGGGGGUUUUAUUCGGGCCUCUCUAUUAUAAUUUGUCACUAUGAAAAACAGCCUGUCACAAAUAGUGGUUAUGCAUCAAAUUGAACUUUGGCAACAAGAACGCAGCGAACAACUCCCUUCUCAAAAAGGGUCCCACCCCAGUGUGCAUUUUUGUCCAUCAACAUUUAAAAUGCUCGUUGAAGAUAAGUAAGCCAUGCCACCGUGUCCUUCAGUCACCUCUCUCAGUAACUGGUUUCUUUAUCUCUAACAUGAAUUCAUUUCUCUUUGGAAGUGGUGGUGUUCUCUUAUGAAUUGAGAAUAUCUAACCCCACCAGAUGUCACAUCUUCUUAUAAAGUGUGAAUGAGGAAGGUGGUGUUUUGGUGGGUAUUUUGUCAGACUUACUCUUUUCAUUUCAGGGCACAGUCAAAGGCAUCAGCUGCCCAGCCCCCCACCUGAUUGGGUGUUUCAGAUCCCCCCCCCUUCGGGUACCACCUUCUGGCAGAAAAUUCUUUGAGGUACGCAGUGGUGCUUUGUAGACACAAGCUGCUAAUCCGCAUCUUGCUGUGUUCUAUUUGCUAAGGUUGGGUUCAUUCAUUUAACACAUACUGACUAUCAUCAAAGGCACCGUGGAGAGUUAGUCAUGGAAUAAAGCACAUCCUCCCUGAUGAAAAUGUUCCUCUGGAGCAAACUUCCGACAGGAAAGGUUUAGACAAUGUAGCGUUAAGGCAUGUGAAGAGAUUGUGCCCUCACUUCCACUUAUGUUUCUGGUUAUUCGUUUAUAAUAAAAGGUUGGCAUUGAUGUGGUACAACCUGCAAAUUAUUUUCAAUUCUGAGUUUCAGAUAAACGUUAUAAGACAAUAUCAGUACAUACUGCUCCUUUGAAAUUUGGGUAAAAAAUUAUACAACCGUAUAUAUAGUCAUUUUUAUAUUUUUUCUAUGUUGGGAAAACCAAAACUGUAAUUUUAUAAGUCUUUGAUUCACUAAAAUUAUAUAAUUUAAAUGUAUUUUUUGUAUAUUUAGAAAUAAGGAGUUCAGAGACUAUGCUUAACUUUCUAUGCAUGUAUUUGGAAGCUGUUUUUACCUGAUAAUGUUAAUAUAGUAAUAAGUUGUAUUCAUAAAAUACUGAUCUGUGUUGCAUUUCAAAAUAAACUGGUGUGUGCUCUGCCUGGAUCUGAAAUACUGA